AUGGAGUUGGACGUCAGCGCGGUUGGAAACUUGGGCGAAUGCGUCGAGGCGUAUCGGCGAGCAGAGAGAGUGGGUGAUGGCGCCCUGGCGACGAUUCCGAGGCUGUACGCGCUAUGCAUGGACGUGCAAGAGGUGAAAUUGGGUGAGGCAACGCGAGCGGCGACGGAGGCGGCGAUGAGCGAGCGUUUAAGGGCGUUUUUACAAAACGGUUUCGCGCAUCCGAGCGAGCGGAGAGCGGCUCCAGAACAACUCACGAGCGCGAUAAACGUCGUCGCCUCGUCGCUCAGGGCGAUGGAGACGGCGGUAAAGUCGGCAUCCGAAGCCCUGAAAGAGUUCAUCGAGGCGACGUCGGGAAAACAGAGCGAUGGCGACGCAUCUUGGAUCGCCGACGUUCCAGUUCCCGUCUUGCUCACGGCAUUCGCACUCGACGGCGACAAUGCGAACGAGAACAAUGGCGCGUACACCGUGGAACAGUGGUUAUGGAUAUGUACGUCCGUGGUCGAUCAGCUCGAGAAAGACCUCGAAACAAAACGAAAAAUCGUCUCAUACCUACGCUCGGGCGAGCUCGCGAGCGAUGAGCUUUCUGGCGUCGCUGCGACGUGGAGCGCGCAUCCGCACGUCGACGAUCGACUCCUCGACCUCGCACGCGGCGCCGCGGAGUCGUCAUAG